GUGCGGCGUCGACGCGCGAGACGAACGCUCUCCUUCGCUGCCAUUCGGACGGUGCGAAGUGUUCGAAUCGAUGUUUGUUGCUUCACUCUUCGUCACAUGGAUUGCUUGCUGAACCUGCUGCUUGCUCCUGCUGAAUCAAGCGUGACCGGUGACGUCCGUUCAAAACAGAGAGACAGAGAGAGAGAGACAGAGAGGAAAUUGAGAAAGUUCUAAGCACGUGUUGAGCAAGAAAGUGUGGUUGAUCGUCCACCGGUGGUUUAUAAGUGAGAUGAAAAUGGGUGUCUGUUGUUAGUUGGACGCGGAGAUCGGAUGGAGUGACAGACCGAUAAGGAAGAUGAGCCCCGAGUUGAGAGAUAGAGAUAAGAACGGGAGGGGAAUAAAGCCAUUCCAAAGCGGCCGAUCGAAGUCGAGGAGGAAUUAGGGAUCAUGGAGGAGUAAACAUUUCGUCCCUCGUUCACAUACACAAAGAAACGAGACGUCCGUUGACCAUGGCGAUGGGGAUGGAAGGAGAGAGCAUUCUCGUGAAACUCUCGGGGAUCAUAAGGUUCUGCUGUGAGCCUCAGGGGGUUCCACGGCCGCCCCAGAACCCGGUGCUCCCCCCAGGCUACCACCGAGGGCAGGUGGUGGAGGAGCCUCACGUUGUCACCGACCCAGACACGCAGCCGUGGGACCUCCUGCUGCAGAACCACCGACUGCGCGAGGGCCCGAGGUACACCAUCAUCCCCACCAUCUCAGUCGUUCCUCCUUGGGACGACCUAAACCACAACGACCUCCACGACCAGGUAGCUGCCGACAGUCACCCGGCCGCCCACUUCAUCACGCCCACGCCCGUGCUGCCUCUCCCGAGCCCGCCGAGCACGCUGGUCGGGGAAGCGGCAAGAAAUGCGACACAGCGGUUCUAUGAUGCCCUCAGAGCUGUGCUUCAUGGCGGAGGCGAGCAGGGGGCGCUGCCUAGUCUCAGCAGCGGCGGAGUGGGCGGGUCCAACGCAGCGGUCUCGGGUCUGGCGCCACACAUUCAGGACACGCACGGCCCUCUCCUCACCUCGCGCCCGGCGGCUGACGACUCACAGGGCAUGUCGCCGAUAUUGCAGGUGUGCGCCGCCCUCGGAGUGCUCGUGGUGGUGAUGGUGAUCCUGUUCCACGCGCACCACUUCCGGCGCGACUGCAUGGUGGAGCGCCGCGCCCUCCGUCGGGUCGCGAGGCGGUACCACGUGGCGCGCGCUCAGGACGACGUGGAGCGGAGCGAGGUGACGGAUGUGACGCUGUGACGAGUGUGGGGGCUGUGACGGACGCUGUGACGGGCGUGAUGCAUUACGAGUGUGGUGGCUGUGACGGACGCUGUGACGGGCGCGAUGCAUUACGAGUGUGGUGGAUGUGAUGGACGCUGUGAUGAGUGUGGCGCUGUGACGGGCGUGAUGCUACAACGGGCGUGAUGCUGUGAUGUAGUUACCUAUUCUGACGGACGUGACGCUUUAAAGUGAUGGUGUAACGGACGCAGUGCUGUGAGUCGUGACGCUGUGGCGAGAUAAACACUAUGACGAAACGGACGCUGUGACGAACGCAGCAGUGUGACGGACAUGAUACUGUGAGCGUGGAGAAGCUGUGACGGAUGUGACAGAGAAAGAUGGUGUGAGAUGUGACGGCGAUACAAGAGGUGUUACGUGGAAGAGGAACGUGACGUUAUUUUAAGCCCUGACUUGAUACGUAACGAUAUAUUGUAAUUUUAUGUUAUAUAGUGCUGUAAAUGUCGGAUUUUUUUUUUUUUAAAGUGACUGAUGUACUAACAACUGAUGGAAAUUUUAUUUUUACACUAAUGCUCUAUGAUAUUCAUGACGACAUCGCAUGAUCAUGGCGUCAUGUAAAUACCUUUUAAUAUGAACUUAACAACGAAACAGAAAACAAAAUAGAAAACGAAAUAGAAAACACGCCAAACAAAUAAAUAAAUAAGAGGGACGGCAAAUGUAAAAAUAACAACGAAAAGAAAUGAAGGGUAAGUAUGCAGGGAUAGUGCUUAUAAAGCUAAGGUCUGCGGGUUAUUAAUUUAUUAUCAUUGUUGUAUCAUUUGAUGAUUAUAUAACUGUCACAGAGUUUGCAAUAAUUUUGGGCUAGAAAUAAAUGGUCUCGAGACCUACGUUUGCUUGA